UAUCUGCUAUGACGUCAUCAAGACUUGCCACACAGCAAAUACCUGCCACAGUGGGCGGGGUCCGGUUCAUAUGGCGUGAUGAAACUAAUACCCUCGAGCAGAUAGGGGGUUCCAAUGUUUCCUUUACAGAGGGUGUGGGUUCAAGACAGCAGAGACGACAACGAGCCCCCGAUAAGAGGAGAGAUCGAGAGAGUAUAUGUCCCACCAGGUUGACGCAGUUUCCAGUGGGCGGGAACGUGCUGGGCUCCAACACUAACAGCUUCAGAGACAGUUACUCUAACCUCCCUAAAUACAUUACCAUGCAGGAUGUUAAAGCGGUUGCUAUCUCUAGAUUGAGUACGGAGGGAGGGUCAAGUGACGAUCUUUAUGAUUCCCCGCUAGUAGACGAGAUGAUUGCAUGUACUCUUAAGUUCUUCAAUUGUUAUUUCAAGAUGGAAGAGAACAACAAGCCCCGCCCUAUGAUGGCUCUAAUGGUAACCCUAAGCGAGCAGAGUAUCGAAGAAGCGGAGAGUGAGGCACGUGACAAUGACAGACUCAAUGAAGCUCACAAGAUGUUGUCCUCUGUUUACGGAGCGGUGCUGCUGGGACAUAGGAGCCCAGAUACUCAUCAUCUCUGCGCUGGCAAGUUAAGAUAUUCUAAAACGAGAAAAGACAAAGACUUCUACGAAAGUUUGUACCAAUGCCUCACUUACUGUGCUUGUCUCACAUUUGUAGAAGCAGAUCCUGAUGUUAUCAGAACCGAAAUGGGCAGACUGUUCCGAUCAGACUCGUUCAACAUAAACCAACGAGUGCUGUCCCAGAAAGAGUUGGAGGAGAAGUACCCGGACUACUUCAAGUUGAAGGGACUAAGUGAUCCUAAUAGUGGUCCAAGUGCUGCUGAAUACCGCCGACUAAGGAGUAAGCGAAGUCCGUUCGGUAAAGCCAUCAACAUGCACUCCCCAAUGGUUGAAGCAAUGUUAAAUAACCCACAAAAUGUCUCUACUGAUGUGACCUCUUCUGAACUUACCUGCUAUGGUAUUGGCAUCAUCGGAAAGACGAUAAAAGACUACGAUCUGAGCAAUUUAAGGAAACUCGGGGAAAAGGAAAAGAAAGAGCUGGAACUCAACGAGAACUUUACCUCUCGUUCUUCGUCGGUUGCUGGUUUGGAUUCCAGAGAACCUACUUCUGUUCCUGACAACAUGUAAUAUUAUCGUCACCGGAUUUUGUGAUGACGUCAUAGGAUUUUGUGAUGAAGUCACGUGGCUACUUAAUUACGUUAACUGAUCAUUCGAUCACGCGCCAUGCUUUGUAUUCUCAUAUAAAAAUUAGACUUGCUGUACAAUUUUAAUGAGACUCUAAUGGAAUUAGAGGGUACGUUUUUCAAUGCCAGAUAAAUUCUGUUUAUUCCAAUCUGUAGAUGCAAUCAUAAAUUUAUAUCAUGAAGUCUAUAUAGAUAUGAACAAUCCUUGUUCAUAUCAAAAUCUUUUCUACUGAUCCAUGCAGUGCGAUCGUUUUGUAUUUGUAAUAUAGCAAGAACGUUAUAAUAAAUUUCAAAUACUUUUCUUAGCUUAGAUUGCAGUAUAACUUUAUUUUCCGCUAGAUAUUAAAUAACAAACUUAAGAAAAUUUGAUUAAGAAACUCCCCAAACUUUAUAUUAUUUCUUUCAGUCCCACUAUUUUUAGAAUUAGAUACCAUUUAUCAGUGUUGUAAGUUAUUAAGUUUUUACAUGUAAAUAAAUGUAUUUAUAAAACUUGUAUAAAUAGGUUUAAAUUUAUGUUUAGUUCAUUUAA